AUGUGUUUUUACUGGAAGCGCGACGGCGACGACCUUGUCGUGGUCGGCGUGUAUGUCGACGAUCUUCUAGCGACAGGGACGAGCGCGGCGGCGGUCGAGCGGUUCUUUGCAAGCCUCGCGUCGUUGUCGAUCAAGGACCUGGGGCGUGUCAGCAAGUUCCUGGGAAUGCGCGUGACGCACAACGGUCAGAAUGGGUACACGCUCGAUCAGGAGGAGGCCAUAAGAGACCUCUUACGCGACAACGGACUCGCUGACGCCAACUCGACGUGGACGCCGAUCGACGACAGCUGCUACGAGUUGGAGGAGGGCGACGAGGAGCUUCUUGGGACGCCAAGCGCGAAAAUAGGACCGACUGUCACGAGACGAGCCCAUGCGCCUCGACUAGCAGACUGGAAGUUAGCUAAACGCAUCGCGCGAUACCUCAAGGGUACGGCGGCGCUUAAGAUCAUGAUGAUCCCAGAAGACAAUUUAGGUGCGGCGAUGCGACUAGAAGCGUUUAGCGACGCCGACUUUGCCGCCGACAAGACGGACCGGAAGUCGAUGACGGGCGGCAUCGUGAUGCUGAACGGGAUGGCCGUCAGCUGGGGUGCGCGGAAGCAGGGAGGCGUCUCCCUGUCGACGAUAGAGGCGGAAUUUGUUGCGGCGAGUGAAGUCGCGCGCGAGCUGCUCGGCCUGCGCGAGAUGUUGUGCGAAGUGGGCGUGGAGCCCACGCUUCCGAUGCAGUUGUGGGUGGACAACCAAGCGGCGAUCGCGCAGAUCGCGGGAGAGGCAUCGUCGCUGAAGGCAAAACAUGUGGAUGUGCGCCUUAAGUUCCUUUGCGACUACUCGCGUCGCGGCAUCAUCACGGCGAGCUACGUCAGAUCGGAGCAGAUGCUCGCAGACCUCCUCACGAAGGCGUUGGACGCAACGAAGCUCUCGACACUGCGCGCACUCGUGCGCAUUGGUUAA